AUGUUUUUGCUUGUUAUCGUUUCUUCUUCACCUAACAAACGGGUAAACGCGGGAAGGAGAGAUGUGAUACGGAAGACUUGGGGCAAUGUUGAGGAAACUCGUGUGCCAAACGAUGUUAUAUGGAAAGUAGUGUUCGUAAUGGGCAAACCACAGAACGCUGAAAUGAACCAGGUCAUAAUGGCAGAGCACAGAAGUCGAAGAGACUUACUUAUCGGUGACUACAAAGACGAAUAUCGAAACAUUGUCAUCAAACUUCUGAUGGCAUUCCAGUGGGCAUCGAAAAUCAAGUGUUCCUAUGUUCUCAAAACGGACGAUGAUGUUUAUAUCGAAAUUCCUAAGCUAGUUGAGUGGUUGAUUAAACGAAGUGAUGAACAUUCUCUCUAUGGUGGUAUUCUCUAUCAGGGAGAAGUUGUCAGAGACAAGACUCAUCGACAUUAUGUUAAAAAAGAUGAUCUCUCCCUGGAGCAUUACCCGGUGUUUUGCAAAGGCUCAAUGUUUGUCCUAUCAUGGAAUUUGAUUCCCAAGAUGGUGGGAUUCUCAGACACAUAUUAA